CUCAAACUGCACCUCAUCUCCAUCGGUGUGAUCCAUACCUGUGAGAUCCACCCAGGAGCGUUUUCAUUUUUAUUGUCCGGAUUCUACGUACUUGUGUGCACUUCCCCUCUUUCUCUUUUACUUUGGUACCCUUUGGAGCUUCUACCAAAAGACUUGUGUUGAUUCCUUUGUCCUUUUCCCCGAUCGCUCUAGGUUGGCAGCACCGCCCGCUCAACCCUCACCUUUCUCCGUAGUCUGAAUCUUCGACCCUUAUCGCAAGCGAGACCACAUCUUUUUGUCAUGGCCGAAGAUGAUGCUGAGAACGCCUUUUUCCAGGCUCAGGCAAUGAAUGCAGACUCUGUGGACUAUAAGGCUGUUGAAGAGCAAGGUGCAGAUAGUUCAGAUUCAGAUGAUUAUGACCCUUCAAAAACUCUACCAGAUCAGUAUUCUGUUCCCUUGACAGAUUCCAACCAAAGUGAAAAUGUUCCUGCCGUUGCUCCUCCUUCCGAGUCCACCCCUCCCCCAGACCAGAUCUCUUCUUCCCGUGCCCCCGAAUCAGACCCUAGUCAGCAAGCUGGCGAUACCUACCCUUCCCAAACACCUUCCCGAGCUGAGUCUCAGGCAUCAACAUCUGGCCUUGCCACUGGGGCUUCUGUUCCGCCCAAGACUAGGACGAUUGGGGGGUUUGUGGUUGAGGAUGAGGAUGAGGAUGAUGCGGGUGAUGCAGAUUAUGAGCCGCCGGCUGUACUAGGUGUCGAAGACAUGAAUACUAUACCUUCGCAACCCAUUUCAGGCAAUGCAAAUGAAGCUACUUCUACCCCUGAUGUAUCAUUGGAUGAGACUGCGCAGGAGUCUGCCAGCGUCAAGAAUGUCCCUAAUAGCUCUUUUUCUGCUGCUUCUAAACAUGAUGCGCCUGUGGCUUCGGGCCAGGAGUUGUACAACGCGCGUACUCUACAGCCGGAUAGCGCACAAGAGAGCACUGCAGCUACUCCCCAGCCGGAAUCUCCCUCCAUGUCCAAGGGCCGCCUGCCUCACGAUCGAAUUGGCAUCCUAGAAGACAGGAUCAAGGAAGACCCGCGAGGUGACAUGCCUGCCUGGCUGGAGCUGAUUAACGAGCACAGAAGCCGCAAUCGGAUUGACAAUGCCCGCGACGUCUAUGAGCGCUUCUUGAAAGUGUUUCCCUUCUCGGCCGAACAAUGGGUGGCGUACGCAAACAUGGAAGCGGAGCUCAACGAACUCUUUCGAUUGGAACAAAUCUUCAGCCGGACCCUUCUGACCAUUCCUGAUGUGCAACUGUGGUCGGUAUAUUUGGACUACGUGCGCCGGCGGAAUCCCUUGACAACCGACACCACGGGCCAAGCGAGGAGAAUCAUUACUGCGGCUUAUGACCUCGCCUUUCAACAUGUCGGCGUCGAUAAGGACUCUGGCUCCAUCUGGUCAGAGUACGUCCAAUUCAUCCGCUCGGGUCCUGGAAAUGUUGGAGGGUCUGGCUGGCAAGAUCAACAGAAGAUGGACCUCCUCCGGAAGGCUUACCAAAAAGCCAUCUGCGUGCCCACUCAGGCGGUUAACACUCUCUGGAAAGAGUAUGAUCAGUUUGAGAUGGGACUGAACAAGAUGACGGGCCGCAAGUUCCUGCAGGAACAAUCGCCAGCAUAUAUGACCGCCCGCAGCUCUUUCACCGAGCUGCAGAACAUCACGCAAAAUUUGAACCGCACGACCCUGCCAAGGUUGCCUCCCGUGCCUGGCUCUGACGGUGACAUUGAGUAUGCGCAACAAGUGGAUAUUUGGAAGCGCUGGAUCAAGUGGGAGAAGGGCGACCCUCUCGUGCUAAAGGAGGACGACGCUGCCACCUACAAAGCCCGGGUCGUUUACGUUUAUAAACAAGCUCUCAUGGCUCUCAGAUUCUUGCCCGAAAUGUGGUUUGAAGCAGCUGAGUUCUGCUUUCAUAAUGAGAUGGACCAUGAUGGAAAUGAAUUCCUGAAACAUGGCAUUGACGCUAAUCCCGAAAGCUGUUUGCUUGCGUUUAAGCGCGCGGACCGGUUGGAAAUCAACACCGAGUCGGAGCAGGACCCCAUCGUUCGCGGUGCCAAAGUCCGCGAACCUUACGACAGAUUGCUCGACUCACUCUACGAGCUGAUUGCCAAGGCCCGCACCCGCGAGGAUCAAGAUGUUGCUCGCCUGGAAGAAACAUUCGCCAAGAUGCAACCCGAGAAGCCACCGUCGAAGAACGAUGACGACGACGAUGAUGAUCAGGAGGCCAAGGCGCGGGAAUCUAUCAAGAAAUCCCAGAUUGAAGCCGUCCGAAAUGCACAUGCGAUUCAAAUUGGCAUUCUGUCCAAGACCGUUUCCUUCGCCUGGAUUGCUCUCAUGCGCGCGAUGCGUCGCAUUCAGGGUAAGGGCAAGCUCAACGAGAUGCCCGGAUCGAGGUCGAUCUUCCAAGAUGCUCGGAAGCGGGGCCGCAUCACGAGUGAUGUUUAUAUAGCAAGUGCUCUUAUAGAAUAUCAUUGUUACAAGGACCCUGCCGCUACCAAGAUUUUCGAGCGGGGGGCAAAGCUUUUCCCAGAGGAUGAGAAUUUCGCUUUGGAGUACUUGAAGCACCUUAUUGAUAUCAACGAUGUCAUUAAUGCUAGAGCAGUCUUUGAGAUGACUGUGAGGAAAUUAGCCUCCAACCCCGAGAACGUGCACAAGACCAAGCCCAUCUUUGCUUUUCUCCACGAAUACGAGUCGCGCUACGGCGAUCUUGUCCAAGUCAUCAACCUCGAGACCCGUAUGCGUGAAUUGUUCCCGGAAGAUCCAACCUUGGAGCAAUUCGCCCACCGUUUCUCGACCCCGACUUUCGACCCCACAGCAGUGCAUCCUAUCAUCUCACCCUCCCAGACCAGACCCAAGCCGACGGCAUAUGGGGCAGAUCAAAUGAUGUCCCGUCACGGCACUCCCAAUUCCCGAUUCCAGGAUCCGUCUAUCACGAACUCGCCCAAGCGGCAGUUAGAGGAGUUUGAUGACGACAUGGGCCGCCCACGCAAGUUCGUGCGGGCUGAAUCUCCUCUCAAGACCACGCAGAGACGCCAGCUGGACCAGAAACGGACUCAGCAGACAAUGGCCAACCAAUCGCAGUUCAGAUCCCAAGGGUCCCCUGCUCCUCUUCCCCGUGACAUUGUCUACCUCCUAAGUGUGAUUCCUCCGGCUUCUGCUUACAAUGCCGGGCGCUUCUCUCCGGAGAAAAUGGUCGACCUCAUCCGCAGGAUCGACAUUCCUGGUUCGAUGUCGCAAAUUCCCUUCCCUCGUGGGCUCGGAGCCGGCCAAGCACCCCCAUCUUUUCCUGGUGCGUACCGGUCCUGAUUUAUGCGACACACAAACACGUUAUUGUGUAACAACAAAUCCUGUCACGCGCGAAUGCAACCACCCUGCAUCCGCGUUGUAUCAUUCGUUCGCGUUUUGGGUAGCGACAGCGGCGCGGCUCUGGACUGUACAGUUGUUGGCUGUCGUUUGCAUUUGAUGAGUGGGCGUUUCAAGCUUGGCGAUGUCGUGGGUUGAUUCUUAUCUUUAUUGCUUUCUAUAAUCAGUUUGGGGCGGCUUGUACAGUGUGUGUGGCACCGGCCUGGGAAAGGCGAUGCUUCGAUUAUUGGUGGGGUCCAAAUCUUCAGUUUUCUGCUGUCCACGAUAGCACACAAUCGGC